GGAGGGGGGCCGGAUCGUGACGACGGACGAUGACUGAGUUCGUGGGAUCGAGGUUGUUCGGCGACAAUGGACAGGCUGGAGUGGGUGCUGUCAUACUGUCUGCGUGUGCCUCGCCGUCUUCUUGACGACGCGAUUUCCGCCGAAACUGAAGGCAAGGGAAGCGAGAACGGGAUCGAGGAGGCGUUGGCGGCAAAGCAGUGGCGGGAAACAGGUGGCAGUGGCGGGGAAGAAUUGGCGGGAAGUCGCCGCUCAGCUCGCGAGGGUUUGCGGAUCGUUCCUCGUUUGCUUGCACGACGCACCCGUAUCCUGAGAACUGACGGUGGUGGUGCUGCUGCUGCCAGGGACGGGUCCAGGGGUGGAUGGUCGUCGUCCUCGUCCUUGGCUAACGGCGCCAAGGAGCGUGUGUCGCGGUCCCUCUCUCUGUCGCCAUCUCCUUCACCCAAGCCGUUGAACACGGCUGGCGGAGCUGCGCGGAUUGGCUCGAUGGUAUUGGCAGUAGUGGAGAAUUCGAAGGGGCCGUCGGUCGACGAGGUACUUGAGGCAAAAAAGAAGUUGUUCGCGCGCACGCCGUUCUCGAAGGCCAGCACGACAGUCUCUGGGCGGAGGAGGAUCAUGCAAGCUGAGGGAUUUCCCAAGGGGUGGAAGAUUCUCAUUGGCUGGAAUUCCAAAUACGGGGUCUUGCAGCUCUAUCGACAUUUCAUGUCGCCAGAGGGAAGGUACUUCCAUUCAAGGAAGUCAGCAUUGCGGAGCUUACAGGAAAUGGGAAGCAAGAGGCCAGUGCCAGUAAAAGAGGAUGAAGCAGGUCGCCUAUCUGCGAAACAAAGUGCUGCACUCGUGCUCAAAGAAGAGAACGGGAAUGGCAAGCGGGUAGCCAUACAAAACUUCAAGAAGGGGAAGAAGAUGAAAGGUGUUGGCCUCUUCAUCUGUGAUAUCUGUCGGAAGCAGUUCACACAUCUCAGAGGAUGGUCAGGUCAUCGCCAUAAGCACAGCCAAGAGAUUGCAAAGCAGAAAGGGGCACAGAGGAAGCGUUACUUGUUGGAAGAACCCAUAGAUAUUGAUGAAGAACAAGACGAUGGAAGGGACACCCUUGGGGGGGAGAGACCUCAGCCUCGAACGAGAAAGUGUUUUCUGUUCACUUGCUGUUUGUGCAGUAAAGGGUUUGCUUCAGCACUCGAUCUGGAUAGGCACAUCAGGACAUACCAUCAUUGUGGAGAGGAGGAGGCUGAGCCGGUAGUUAAGAGGGAAAGUAGGAGCAUAAAAGGGAGGUUAGGGGAGGGGCAAUUGCAUGAAGAUGAGCAAUGUGUGAGAAAAGAUGGCAAAAAUUCGGAAGGGUUAGCUUGCUAUAGGCUGAGUAAUUCAGCGAACAAGUUGGGUCAAUGCAGGGUGAAUGAGGAGUGUCACAAGAGUAUUGGUAAUAAUAGGAGAGAAACUGAAGAAGAUGGGCAGCAUGAGGCUGAAGGACAGUUGUGCUUUGGGCCAGAAGAAGCAGAACAGUUGCGACAGGGGGACCCUGGCUGUGCUGUUAUGAGAACAGACCAGCGGCUGGCAGAUGUGGUGUAUGUAGAUACCCUCAAGGACCAAGAUACGGCAUUGGUUAAGAAGAGGAUGGAAGACGGAGCUGAGGAUGACCAUACAAGUGAAGUGAGAUUGGUAAAUGGGAGAGAUUUUUGGAAUUGUCAGGUGGGGAAGAAACGAGCGUGGAACGAGGAUGUGGCACAUGGCAAGCAGCAAAGUGCCAGACCUAUGGUAAAGCAAGCCCCUACUGGACGUAAGCGGUCAAGAGGGCGGAAGGAAGCUGAUGGAAAUGGAGUUUGGAGAGACGAGAAAAGCAGAAUUGGUGCUGGCGUUGUGAGACACUGCCAGGGCAGAGUGGUCACCUCAACACAAGAAGGGGUGGACCUGGGCUCCACAGGCAUGGUCGUGGGUGCAUCAGAGGAAAAUGAGCGGUUCUCUCCCAGGGAAUUUGUUUGCCCUGUGUGCUUUGCAGGGUUUUCUAGGCCAGCAGCACUAGGGGUUCAUGUCGGCAUACACUUGCCGGCAGCCUUCCACUCAUCUCCACAUAGCAGCCAGAGGGGUUCAGGUGCCACACCACGAGGGAAGGACUUUACUUGUCCAGUUUGUGGCGAGGGUUUUGCCACAGAGAUGGGUCUUGUCCGACAUGGUGAGUUGUAUCAUGUUGUUACACUGAAGAGGAGCCACCAGAGCGCCUUCACAAGAUUCGGUGGGGAAAUAAUUGAUAUUCCAUCGCAAGUAAUGCUGCGGAGAAAGUCUGAUGCACCCAUGGUCUCAGGGAGAGCUAACUUGCAGGAUGCUCCUUCCAGCUCCUCCGAAAAGAUGAAAGACAUGACGACAGAUGAGGACCUGAACAGCCCAGAGCAGCAGCAAAGACAGCAGUCGAAGAAGCCAAUAUUCCAUUCAACUUACGAGGUUGCCAGGAGUCCCUUGGCCAGUUGGGUGCACUAAUUAACUACUCACUCUUAAGGUGGCUGAUACAUUGGUGCCAUUCAUAAUAGCCAUGGAUGCAUCACACUCAGGCCAGUGAAGCUUUGAUGUCUCGACUUCUCACACUGGUUUUACAACUUUUACUGUGUACGAGAACAGUGCAGCGAGCAUGCUGAAGACCUACCACAUACAUCGUCAUCUGUUCACACUCUUUGCAUAUCAUCAGGCAUUCCAGUCACUAAAACACGUGCUUGCUUUUCCAGUGCACAGGCAUGACCGGCUGCAUUUGUCUAUAGCUCUGGCUUUGUCAAGCAUGAGGAAGGCAUGGGAUGCGAAUGAAAUUGCAGUUUUCUA